AUGAAAAAAAAAAAGGAAAAGAAAAGAAAAAAACAACUCACCAACGCCAUACUCAUAUCCACCGAUCCGUAUCAUUUUUCCCCCUUUUCAACCUUCGCCGCACUCCCCUUCGAUCUACGCCGCGAGUGCAUAUCUCCGGCGCGCCUGAAGGCCUUCACAACCGCGAGAAGCCUCCGCCGUUUUCUGGAGGCGAUACUCUCUACGGAUAUCAAAUACUGGAGCUUAGAUAUUUCACCGGCUGAACAGAACAAUGCAGAGAAAAGUCAGGCUAUGCUUUAUCUAAACGUAUACGAUCUUACUCCUAUAAACAACUAUCUUUAUUGGGUUGGGCUUGGAAUCUAUCAUUCCGGAAUAGAAGUUCAUGACAUGGAGUAUGGCUUCGGAGCUCACGAGUUCUCAACCAGUGGAGUGUUUGAGGUUGAACCAAGAAGCUGCCCUGGUUUUAUCUUCCGGCGCUCAAUUCCUUUGGGCAGCACUGACAUGUCUCGUUCAGAAUUCCGGUCAUUCAUGGAGCAUUUAUCCAACAAAUAUCAUGGAGAUACAUACCAUUUGAUUUCAAAAAACUGCAACCAUUUUACUGAUGAAGCUUGUCAGCGCCUAACUGGAAAAUCUAUACCUGGGUGGGUUAAUCGAUUGGCCCGAGUAGGUGCUUUCUGUAACUGUCUGCUGCCUGAAAGUAUCCAGACUACAACGAUCAGACCUCUUCCGGAAAAUCAGAUGUAUUCAGAAAAUGGAAUGGAAUCUGGAUCUUCAUCUGUAACAGAAGACAGUGAUGAGGAGGCGCUAGAUCAUCAUCAUCUGCUUAUGACACCAAAUAGUGACGUGGCAUUUUUGAAAGAUAAACCAGUGAAGCUAGCAAAGGAUGUUCUUUAA